ACGUUUCGAUAUUUCAAAACGGCGUCACUUUUGCGCACUUUAUCUUGUUGUGGUUGAGCAAAGUGUGGAGCACUUAGAAGUUAGAAGCAGCAGAAAUGGCUACCACUUCUGCUUCGUUCGCUCGCUUCUCCGUCAUCUCCAAACUUUCCUCCCAUCCACAAUUCAUCCUCUUCAACAUCGCUACUCCAACCGGAAACCCUCAUUCACGAACCGGCGCGGCCCGCUUCAGGUGCUCGGCCGGUCAGACCGGGUUCUUCACGAAACUGGGGCGGUUGUUAAAGGAGAAGGCGAAGAGCGACGUGGAGAAGGUGUUCUCGGGUUUCUCCAAGACCCGCAACAACCUCGCCGUCAUCGACGAGCUUCUCCUCUAUUGGAACCUCGCCGACACCGACCGAGUACUCGAUGAACUCGAAGAGGCUCUUUUAGUGUCUGAUUUUGGGCCGAAAAUCACUAUUAAGAUAGUGGAGAAUUUGCGCGAGGACAUACUUUCAGGGAAGCUUAAAUCAGGGAAUGAGAUAAAGGAAGCACUGAAGAGGAAUGUUUUGGAAUUGCUAACCUCCAAGGGCAGUAAAACUGAACUUCAACUUGGAUUCAGGAAGCCAUCUGUAAUAAUGAUAGUUGGUGUUAAUGGUGGAGGGAAAACAACAUCUUUGGGAAAGCUGGCUUAUAGAUUGAAGAAUGAAGGGGCUAAGAUAUUGAUGGCAGCUGGUGAUACAUUUAGAGCAGCUGCCAGUGACCAGUUAGAAAUAUGGGCUGAAAGGACUGGGUGUGAGAUUGUUGUGGCUGAAUCAGAGAAAGCAAAAGCAUCAUCAGUGCUUUCACAGGCUGUAAAAAAGGGAAAAGAGCUGGGUUUUGAUAUUGUAUUAUGUGAUACAUCUGGGCGUUUACACACUAAUUACAGCCUAAUGGAAGAGUUGAUUUCUUGUAAAAAGUCUGUUGCCAAAGUCAUUCCUGGUGCACCUAACGAGAUCCUACUUGUUCUGGACGGGACUACUGGUUUGAAUAUGUUGCCACAAGCGAGAGAAUUCAAUGAUGUCGUGGGUGUUACUGGUUUAAUUUUGACCAAACUGGAUGGUUCUGCUAGAGGUGGCUGUGUGGUCAGCGUGGUUGAUGAGCUCGGAAUCCCUGUAAAAUUUGUGGGAGUUGGUGAAGGUGUUGAAGACCUUCAACCCUUUGAUGCGGAGGCCUUUGUCAAUGCCAUUUUUAUGUAAACCAACAGUGUGGGUUCGCAGAGCAGCUAGCUUGACGUGAAUAUUCAGAGCAACACCAGAUCACAGGAAAGAUGACACUUUAUUGUUGAACCUUACUCGGGAGAGGCGAAGCAUUGCGAAUUUGUAAAUGAUUUUGAGGUGCAGAGUUGUUGCUAUUGAGGCACGCAGAGUGUAUAUAAUCAUCCUUUUGCAUGCUGUGGCUGGAAAUUUCUGACAGUGCAAGUGGGUCAUGGGCUUUAUUUUCACUCCUGUUUAUGAACCGAAGGAUUUUAUUUGUGAUGUGCAUAGAGGUCAUACUUAGAGGAAAAUUUAAACAGUAACACAUGCUCCAUUCUCUGUCAGCAUCUGAUUAAUGACGCAUGUUUUUAUUUCUUUGACUUCUCAACGAGGUUAAUUUGGUGUAUCGUCCAUGGUUGUCGAAGGCACGGUGACAGAAGUGGUUAAUGGAUGGAAUUUUUCA